AAGGAAAAUAGAAUGUUAAAACAAUUGCUAACAAGUACGAGAGACGAACUUCAAAAUGCUACGCAACACUUGAAUACGUUAAGUGCUGAAUUUGGAAAUAUGAAAUGUCUACAGGACGAAUACACAGAUAGAAUUAAAACAUUGGAAUUGAACGAUAAAGGUCUUCGUAGUCAAAUUUCUGAACUAGUAGCAGAAAAAGAAAAAUGCGAAGAGCAAAUUGAUGAAUUAGGUGAAGAGCUCGAGUCUAGAAUAAAACAAUUAACGGAAUUAUUGUCAAGAAAAGAUGAAGAGAUUUUAAAUUAUAAAUCACGGAUAGGAUCAACAGAUUCAUUCGAAAAUCAAAACACSUAUUUAGCAAAACUUCAAGAAGUAUGA